GCAGCAGCAGCAGCAGCAGCAGCAGCAGCAGCGAGCGGGACGGAGUUAGGACCGCUCGGAGCGCUCAGGUCUCGAGGGUGUCGGUGCCAGAAGAAAAGAAUGAUCGAUGGGAAACAGACACCCGGCUAGAGCCACUGAUCCUUUUUGCUUCAGAUGCUGUCAUCUCAGUGCACGUGAGCAGCCCUCGUGAGCUGUGAAUGUCGAGGACCUCCCAGGGUGAUCGGGUGUAGAACAAGCCAACCAUCACUUGGCCGAAUCAUUACCGCGAUUGGACACAUCUUUUACAAAAACCGAACUAGACCCAAAUCUGAUAGAUAUGUCCUAGGACAGCGAAAAACCAGUGAGUUGCUGUAACGCCUAACGCACAAGUAUGUUAGCCUUCCGCCAAAGUCCUCAGCAUCCCUGAACAUGCACGAUAUCUCAGCCCUUCACUUUUAGUUUGGAAUCGACGCUGAGCUCUCGUCUUUUAAUUUUCUUUAAAUAUAUGGACCUACCUACAUGUCGACAUACAUGUGUAUGUAAAAUAGACAUAGAGCACAGAUAAGAAACCCUGCUUUAGUCACCGCGAAAAUUGCCAAGAAUUUAGAGAUGUAUUUGUCAAGAUUCCUGUCAAUUCACGCCCUUUGGGUUACAGUGUCCUCAGUGAUGCAGCCCUACCCUUUGGUGUGGGGACAUUACGAUGUGUGUAAGACUCAGAUUUACACAGAAGAGGGGAAAGUUUGGGAUUAUAUGGCCUGUCAGCCAGAGUCCACAGACAUGACAAAAUAUCUGAAAGUGAAGCUGGACCCUCCAGACAUUACCUGCGGAGACCCUCCUGAGACAUUCUGUGCGAUGGGCAACCCGUACAUGUGCAAUAAUGAGUGUGAUGCGAGUACCCCUGAGCUGGCGCAUCCCCCGGAGCUGAUGUUUGAUUUCGAAGGAAGACAUCCUUCCACGUUUUGGCAGUCUGCGACUUGGAAGGACUAUCCCAAGCCUCUCCAGGUCAACAUCACUCUGUCUUGGAGCAAAACCAUUGAGCUCACAGACAACAUAGUUAUCACCUUCGAAUCGGGGCGUCCAGACCAAAUGAUCCUGGAAAAAUCUCUCGAUUACGGACGAACAUGGCAGCCCUAUCAGUAUUAUGCCACAGACUGCUUGGAUGCUUUUCACAUGGACCCUAAAUCUGUGAAGGAUUUAUCACAGCAUACGGUCUUAGAAAUCAUUUGCACCGAAGAAUACUCCACGGGGUAUAUGACAAAUAGCAAAAUAAUCCACUUUGAAAUCAAAGACAGGUUUGCGUUUUUCGCUGGACCGUGGCUUCGCAACAUGGCUUCCCUCUACGGACAGCUGGAUACAACCAAGAAACUCAGAGAUUUCUUUACAGUCACAGACCUGAGGAUAAGGCUUUUGAGACCAGCCGUCGGGGAAGUAUUUGUAGAUGAGCUACACCUGGCACGCUACUUUUACGCGAUCUCAGACAUAAAGGUGCACGGAAGGUGCAAAUGUAAUCUCCAUGCCACUGUGUGUGUGUAUGACAACAGCAAAUUGACCUGUGAAUGUGAGCACAACACUACAGGUCCAGACUGUGGGAAAUGCAAGAAGAAUUAUCAGGGCCGACCUUGGAGCCCAGGCUCGUAUCUCCCCAUCCCCAAAGGCACUGCAAAUACCUGUAUCCCCAGUAUUUCCAGUAUUGGUACGAACGUCUGCGACAACGAGCUCCUGCACUGCCAGAACGGAGGGACGUGUCACAACAACGUGCGCUGCCUGUGUCCGGCCGCCUACACGGGCAUCCUGUGCGAGAAGCUUCGCUGCGAGGAGGCGGGCAGCUGCGGCUCCGACUCCGGCCAGGGGGCGUCCCUGCAGGGCCCCCGGGCGCUGCUGCUGCUGCUGCCGCCGCUGCUGCUGACCGCUCUGCUGGCGACAGCCAGCCCCCUGGGGUUCUAGGCGGCGGCCGCUGCCGCCAGACGGGCCUGUGGCGAGGGGAAGCAAACAGGACGCGAGCCUUUGCAGCUCACAUAGGGAACGCGCCCUCCGACACCCCCACUCAAACAGUGUGCGAUCGACGAAGGCCUGACUGAACUAAGCCAUAUUUAUCAGCCGUGGACAGCACAUCCGAGUCAAGACUGUUAAUUUCUGACUCCAGAGGAGUUGGCAGCUGUUGAUAAUAGCACCGCAGAUCACAUCGCCAGCUGCAGAGCUUAUCGCCUAUUGGUAAGGCUGCGACAGCCCCCCAAACAGGAAAGACAAAAAGAAAGAAAGAAGAAGAAAUCAACCAACCUAAAAACAUUUGCUACUCUUAUACGCAGUGGCUCCAGUACCAGUUGGCCCAGUACGUGGACCAACCAACUAGGAGGCUCUUUGCUGGCAGUGCUUUGUGGGUCUAAGGACAUCUGUUCGAGCUGCCAUAUUGGCCUGCCUCAGUCCCCGAGUCCCUUCCGACCUGUGCUUUAGUGAACGUUGCUCUGUAACCCUUGUUGGUUGAAAGAUUUCUUUGUCCGAUGUUAGUGACGCACACGUGUAACAGCUCCCUCCAGAAGCUCAAGCCAGUCGUACCCCGCAUAUCCUAGCAGCGCUGAGUCAUCCCAGCCAGUGCGAGCGCACGUCCACUGUCCAAGAGCAGCAUAGGGAAAAAAGAAAGUGUAUCUAUCCUUUUGUAUUCAAAUGAAGUUAUUUUUCUUGAAAUACUGUAAUAUGUAGAUUUUUUGUAUUCUUGCCAAUUUGUGUUACCAGACAAUCUGUUCAUGUAUCUAAUUCGAAUCAGCAGAGACUGACAUUUUACUUUGUCCUCUUUGGUUCUGUUUUGUUUCAUUGUGCAGAGAUCUCUCUGUAAGGGCAAUGAGCGUGCUGGCAUCAAAGAAUAUCAGUUUACAUAUAUAACAAGUGUAAUAAGAUUCCACCAAAGGACAUUCUAAGUGUUUUUCUUGUUGCUUUAACACUGGAAGAUUUAAAGAAUAAAAAUUCCUGCCUAAAUGAUUUCAGGAAUCUGUAUUGCAAUUUCUUACGAUGAAAGGAGCAGCCACCGAGCAGUGUCACACUCACUUUACUGAUUUCCAUGUGGACGGAAUACAUUCAGCUGACGAAUUUGGUACCCAGGAAGAUGGAAUGAUGUUCAGUAGCUUGGACAACUUCUGCAAAAUAUGAGACUAUUUCCACUUGGGAAAAUUAUAUCAG